GAUACAUAAGCCAAUAAUAAUUUAGUAGCGGUCUUCCUUUAUUUGCUGGCGCUCUUGCGGCAUAUGCACUUCUCUAAUUUUGUUCUGUUGAAAGACAAAAGCAGCGAACAAUCGUGUGUUGCCUAGUAACAAGGCUUUAAAAUGCAAAAAAGUUACAAGUUGCUAUGAAACAUGAGGUUCCUUUGCCGUAUAUCUCAUGAGUAAGCAUCAUCCAACUUGGACCGUUUCUGACCUCAAACUUGUGUUUUGAUCCGUCCGCAACAUAUUUUCAUUGGUGCUGAUAUGAGCAAAAAGUAGGUAGUGCAUAUUGAUGCUAUGUUUUUUGUGCUUAGGUAUAUAGGCCUUGAGUUCUUCGAUGCUGCUUCUAGUUUCUACCAUAUUACAUUGAUACAUAGUUUGUUCCUUCUUUUGAGGGUUUAAUCAGAUUUGGUCGCUGCAUCAGCAAGUACAGAAGAUGCACCAUUUAUUCAGGCUCAUUCGUCUGCCACGUGAGACCUCAUACUGUGUGGCUCUCACUUUCAGAAGAUUGUGCUCCACUCAGGACAAUGUCGAACCAAAGAAACCUAAACAAGCCCAGAAAGGCACAGCGAAAAGCAAACAGCACCAACCACUGGAAGGAGAAGGAGAUGUGAUAAAUGAGCCCAAGAAAUUGAAAGGGGAGGGAAAGAAAAAGACACAGGCAGAGUUGCUAGCAGAGCAUGUGGCACAGGAGCCUGCAGCAGUGCAAAAACUGCUGCAGCAGUUCGAUGCUCAGCUGAACAAGAGCAAGCCCAACCCGGAGACGUUCUAUAUCAUAAAUGAGUCUAUUGCUGACAGCGUUGUGCGGCACCUGUCCGGCCACAGUCUGGACAUCCCCCACCUGGAGCUGGGGCCCGGCCCAGGGGUGCUCACACGACGGCUUCUGGAGGCCGGCGUGCGGCGCAUCGUCGGCUUCGAGACGACGUCUGCCUUCCAGCACUGUGUCAGGAUGCUCUCGGAGCAGACGGAUGGCGCAGUGCGUCUAACUCCGCUGAACCUGAUGCACCUGUCCAAGUUUUACGGCGCCUCCGCUCACGGGGACGACUCGCGCGUGCUGAAGGUGGUGGACGGCCUGGAGCACCGCGACUGGACGGACGAGCCGUGUAUGCGUCUGGUCGGGGUGGCACACCGGAGCGUGUUCUUCCAGUUUCUGGUGCGCACCGUCAUCUCCCGUGAGCUACUGUUCCAGUUCGGUCGACCGGAGCUGCUCGUCUACGUACCAGAAGCAGAGUACGCGCGGCUGACUGCCGGCCCGACGAUGGCGGGACGGGUGUACCGGCCCUACAGCAUCAUCAGUCGCAUGCUGUUCGACCUGGAGGAACUGGACAGGGUGCCCGCCAAACACUUCUACCCCUGGGUCAAACCGCGCAGAAAGGUGGAGGCGUCCGGCUCGGACAUGGUUCUGAUCCGGUACGCGCCCAAGGCGGACCCCGGGGUGCCCGAGGCCGAGCUGCACAAUCUGGACUUUUUCGUGCGCCACUGUGCCGUCUCGCGCACCCGGCGGAUCAUACAGCAGAUGGAGGAGUGGGUGCCCGGCUGCGGGCCGCGUCUGAUCGCGCUCGGCCACGGCGUGUUCGCGCCGUUCCGGGAGCUGCAGCCCCAACAGGUGCUCGAGGUGUUCCUGGAGUUCGCCAAAUGGCCAGAGUACCCGGCCUGCUCCUUCCACGCCGCCGUACAACAGAACGUGCUGGGCGGCGAGCCAGAGCUGGCGGACUCGGAGCACCAGCUGGCAGAGGACGACCAGCACGAGGAGCCGCCCGAACACUUCGAGCCGCAGCAGUACCGGUGAUACCGGACCGAGCGGGGACGGAGGACGUCCUGCUGUACCUGAGACCCGCUACCUGCCCGCACUCUGUCCGUGUAUAGCAGGGGGCGUUUGAAAAUGUGUCAUAUUGUGUUGGUCUUCCAGGGACGCAGUGCGGGCGCCACUGAGUGAAGUUUGUAUGGUGCCUUUUUAGCGUGAUAUUUAAUUACAGUACGGUGUGUGAUUGCGUGUUAACUGCCAUAUGCAGCUGCAACCGAGAGACGUUUUAUAGUGAUUUCUGAGCGGUGAUUAUUAAGCUGUCCAAAACGAGCCGCCAAUGUUAAGAAGAUCAUGUACAAGUCAUGUAUUUUGAAACAUUGAUGAUAUCAAUGAA